AGAAGAGAGAGAUAGAGAGAAAGAAAGAGAGGAGAAGGUGACUCCAAAUCCAAAGAGAAACUCGAAACACCUUUUUCUCUGUUCCCCCCCACUCUCACCCUGCCUUUUCCCUUUUUAUCUUAUCCUGUGAUUUCCUCUUCUUCUUCCUCCACCACACUUUCCUCUCUGGAAGCCAUGAGUGACGUCGGAGAACAGACGUGUCCGAUAUGCGCCGAGGAGAUGGAUUUGACCGAUCAGCAGCUCAAGCCCUGCGAAUGUGGCUAUGAGGUCUGUCUGUGGUGCUGGAAUCACAUUAUGGAAAUGGCGGAGAAGGAUGGAAGGGAAGGUCGGUGUCCGCUGUGCAGAACAACUUACGACAAAGAGAAGAUCAUGAGGGUGGCAGCAAACUGUAAAGCAGUGUUGGUGACUGAAGUUAAUCAGAAGCGGAAACAGAAAAAGCCCCCCAAGGGACCUGAAGCAAAGAAGCAUCUCACUGAUGUUAGAGUUCUACAGCGGAAUCUAGCAUACAUAAUUGGAUUACCUCUUAACCUUGCAAAAGAAGAGCUUCUUAAGCGCAGGGACUAUUUUGGCCAGUAUGGAAAGGUGUUGAAGGUCUCUAUUUCUCGUACAUCGACUGGGGAUAUUCAACAUGCUACGAACAACAGUUGUUGUGUGUAUAUAACGUACUCAAGUGAAUAUGAGGCAGCUCGAUGUAUUCAAUCGGUGCACAGUUUUGUAUUAGAUGGUAAUUCUUUGAGAGCAUGUUUUGGAACCACAAAGUAUUGCCAUGCUUGGUUGAAAAAUGUGCCUUGUAGCAAUGCAGAUUGUAUGUAUCUCCAUGAUUUUGGCUCUCAGGAAGAUAGUUUUUCCAAAGAUGAACUAGUUUCGGCCUUUGAAAGGAGUAAGGAUUUACAGAUUAUCGGUGUUACAAAUAAUCUGCAUCAGCGUCCAGGGAAAGGGUUACCUACGCCAGUGGAUGAGAAUAGCAAAUCAAAAAUAUCAUCUGCAGCUAAACCACUUGUCAAACAUCCUUUAAAUAUCACUAGGGAUGAGUUUAAGGGAUCUUGUGCAGAUGAAGACUCUAGAAGAGCUACUCCUGCAAGAACUUCUUGGGUCAUGCAGGUUGCCCCUAGUUUACCCCUGGGAACAAGUGCUCAAAUGCCUUCCUAUCAAAAGCCUGAGACCUCUAGUGACGUUCAUGCUCUUUCAUCAGGAGUUGUAAGCACUGAAAGUUCUAACCUCAGAGUAAGAUCUAUUACAUCUGAAGAAAGCUGUGAAGUGCAUUUUAAUAGUUUGGAUCAUCUGGUACUGACCAAACAGAAUAGUGAAGAAACUGGUCAAGUAGCCGUAUCAAAUAAACCUGCAGGAGCCUUUGUAGAUAGCACUCUUAUAGGUAUAACUUCUGGACAUUGUCUAUCACCAGAUAAAGGUGUUGAUCGAGAUAUUAAAUCCACAGACUUUAUAAGCAGCAGAAACUUAAAUUGUCUAUCACCAAACUUAUCCAAAAGUUUAUGUGAUAACAAAGGAAGUAGCUUUGCUACAUUUGAUCCUUCCUGUGUGUUACCAAAGAUGGGAUUAGCGAAGUACUUGGAAGGGUCUGAAAACAAUAGAGCCAGUAUUGACUGCAAUCUUUCUUCAGAUUUAGGGGAGAGUGGCAUAAUCUCAAAUAUUUUGACGAUGAAUUUGGAUGCACCUGAAGGUUCUUUAACUGAGCUUCAUAAUCUGGUUAAUUUGUUGGGUGAAACUGAUAAAGAAAGCAGUGUUCUCAGAGUACCAAGUUCAAGAAAAAUGCAUGAGAAAAAGCAGUCCAGGUUCUCAUUUGCCCAGCAAGAGGAUUCUUGUGAUAAUAUAUGGCAUCCGCCCAAAGACUACUCUUCUUUAUCUGAUUUAAAUAAGGAUUCUUUCAUACAUGUGGAGUCUUCAAAUCUUCUCAGGAGCCGUUCUUUUUUGUCUCCUAAAGCUUCAGCUACAGAAGUACCUACUUCGAUCCCACCAGGAUUUUCAGUACCAAGAAGGGCAUCACCUCCAGGUUUUUCUUCUCAUGGGAGGUCUAGGAGGGUGGACCAGGCUUUUGACAGUUCUGUGAAUCAUUUGCUGCAACCAGCUGCUAUGCCCACUGGUUACUCUGGCAUCACUCCCGAUGCUGAGCUCUUUGAGCCAUCAAUUUUUGAUAUUGGUAAUGGAAUAUUGGAGAGAGGGAGAGCAACUUUAUCACAGUAUAAUUCUUCUCAGCCAGAUGCAAGGCUCCAUAUGAUGAGACAGCAGUCAACUCUUACACAGCAAAACUUAGGGUUUCAUGACCACUUCAGGAAUACAUACUCUUCCUUGCAUGAUGCACGACUACUUUCUCCACAGCAUCCCAAUCAAUUUCAACCCAAUCCAUCUACAUUCGCUCAGUCCACCCCUCAACAGAUCAGUGAUGUGCAUGUAUCAAAUAGCCAUUGGGUUCAAUGGAAUGGGGUCAAGAGUGCAAGCGAUCUAGGAAUUUCAGAAUUGCUGAGAAAUGAGAGACUGGGAUUUAACAAAUUCAUUCCUUGUUAUGAAGAUACAAAGACUCGAUCAAGUUACUUCAGCGAUCUAAACAGCAAAGGGUUUGAAAUUUGAGUUUCUCUGAGCCUAGAGUUUAUCUUUCGUACUUGACUUGGGUCCAAUGUGAUUGAGUGGAUGCUUCAAUUGAUGUAAACUUUCCCUUUGGGAGGGAUGUAUCCUUGGUUGAUUUGUGUCACCUGGUAAGAAUUAUGUUCUCACCUUCUUAUUUGGAAAUUUGAUUUUUCCGGAAAAGAAAAGGUAAUGGGAUCUUAGGUACUGCACUUUGAGCGGGAAGGAAUGAUAUGCAUUCACUGGCUAGUGAGAAGCCCAAAGCAUUGGCAUUUCCUUUCUUUGUGGUAAGUUUGAAUGCUGUGACUGUGACUCCAUGUAGUGGAGGCGUUUAUUACCAAUAGAGGCCUAUUUGCACACUUUCUUGAGUUGCAAAAUAUGAAGGAUAUAAAUAUGCUAUGAUGGGUACGAGGGAACACGGAUGUGCUGAUACCAUAAUUCGCGUAAAAGCAAGGUAGUGCUGCCGGUACUAGUAUUGGCAAAUAUACUUCGGUCUUGUUUGGUGAACUUAAUGGAUGAGUCUAAUGUUACCUAAUGUCACCUAGUCAAAGUUUGAGAACUACUUACCUGGGGGAAUAUGUAAUGAUUAAAUAGAUGUUAAAUAAGUCGCGAUGUUCUGACUGAUUCUUAUUUUGUUGUCCCUCGAGCAUCAAAUAUAUGAAGAAAUUUGUGGAACAGGACCUGAGAUAUACAGAUGGGAACCCAGAAGUAGGACUGAAGCAUGCAAAAAGAAAGAAGAUUCAAUUGGCUGCUUCUGGGGUUUUGCUAUUUA